CUGAAGCAGCUUUUGUCAGUAACCAUGUGCCCUCUGCUCCUUCGCGUUUCCCCCUGCACUACAGGUACUAAAGAUGGGCCGUCGAGCACGCCAGGACUUCUUUACAGAUGAAAAUCUCGGCAGGAAGAAUUCCCCGUCUGCUUCUCUGGGAGAGGGUCCACCACCUAAACCCCCACGCCGGCAAGGAGGCUGGGCAGAUGAUCCUGUACUUGCACCUACCAAGUCAGGAAGAAAGCAUGCAGAAGAAGUAGAAGACCAUCGUCUCAGACAGCAGAGCCUGGAGGCAUCAGAUGAUGGAGGAGACAUUCCUGUGAUCCCUGACUUGGAGGAAGUCCAGGAGGAAGAUCUGGCCAUGCAAGUGGCAGCUCCCCCCAGUGUGCAGGUGAACCGAGUGCUGACCUACCAUGACCUGGACAAAGAUCUUAUGAAGUAUGCUGCCUUUCAGACUCUGGAUGGAGAGGUUGACCUGAAGCUUCUCACCAGGGUUUUGGCUCCAGAGCAUGAACUACGAGAGGAUGAUGUCAGCUGGGAUUGGGACCAUGUCUUCACAGACGUGUCCUCAGAACUAGUGACUGAGUGGGACCUGGGACAGUCUGAGAGAGAGGACCAUCUCAGUCUGCCCUAGAGCACUGGUACACCAGACGCCUCAUACAUGCAUCCCCUGUAAAUAGUUUAGCACUUUAAUUUUCUAUUCACUUGUUUGUAUUUGAGAAUUUAUUUCAGACAUGAAAAUAAAUAGGACCUUGCUUCAUA